AUGCCGUCGGUCAAACGGCGGUCGUCGGUGGUUCCGGUGAGCCACGGAGUGCACGAAAGUAACGGCAACGCCAACGGCAGCCCGCAACACCACGGAAUAUCCCCGCUGUCGGGCAUCGCCCUGGCUUCGGGUGGACCGACGUCCUUCGACCCUCCGACGGCAUCUUUGUUUCCGUCGGCGGACACGACUCACGGUGGUGAAAAAGGUCGGCUCUGGCGUAGACGGAGGAAACGUUGGCAACGAAGACUGCGGAUUGGGUACGGACGUUGGCAACGACUACUUCUACAAGUUUUUCUAUUGCUAUUAUUGGCAGUUUUCUGUGGUUUCGUGGUACGAGUAUUCGUUUUUCGCAACUCAUCUUCAGUGUCGUCAACCGAAACGGACGCCCUUCCGAGCAUUCCCUUUCAAACCAACUUCCCCGAUGCUCCCGUUUGUCACAGUCUGUCCCCGGACGACGUAUCCUAUACACUGGUCACGCAGUUGAGUCAGGAUCGCUUGUGGAUGAUGGAGCACCACUGUCAGCGAUGGGGUCCAUCCCAUCCCAUGUCCAUCGCUGUAUUCACCAACCAAACCGUCGCAGAAGUCCGCUCCCAACUCGUCGCGUUGGGUUGUGCACCGGAGCAGCUCGCCUCCGUCCAAACGUUGCCGUCCACGGCGGCGGCGGUGUCCGACUACCCGGUCAACGUCUUGCGCAAUCUCGCCUUUCGCGCCGUCACCACUACCCACAUUGUGUACGUGGACGUGGACUUUUGGCCGUCCGCGGAUUUGCACGCCACGUUGUCCGGGGCCCGCAUUCGGCACGCGCUAGCGCAGAACGAACGCACCGCCCUGGUCAUCCCCGCCUUUCAACUGCAACGCCAGUGUCGUGCGUGGAAGGAAUGUCCGGAUCAAAACGUGCCGGUCAUGCCCACGCACAAGGCCGCCCUCGAACGACUUUCCCGAAACCGACAGGCCUUCCCGUUCGAUCCCACCAAUGUGGGAGGCCACGGGUCCACAAAGUACCGGGCGUGGAUUAAAAGCCAACCCGACGGCGUGCUGUUGGAAAUUCCGUGCGUACUGUCGAACCGGUACGAACCGUACCUGGUGGUGCGCUACUGCGACGUCCUCCCGCCCUUUCAGGAAGCGUUUUCCGGCUACGGCAAGAACAAAAUGACGUGGGUCCUGCAACUGUUGCACACGGGAUACCGUCUGUUCCAAAUUCCGCAAUCCUUCGUGACGCACUAUCCGCAUCUGGAUUCCCCGUCGCGCAUGGCGUGGAACGGGGGUCGGGGUGGGGCGCCGUUGCCGAAACCGCGGGCGGCGGACGGGGCGCCGAACAGAAUGCGUGGCAAUGGUGAUAGUGCUGCUGGUACGGUCGACUGGUUGCGGUACCGACGGGGCCGUGUCGACCACGUGUUUGUACAAUUCCGGGAGUGGUUGCGGACGAUGGUGACGGACGCCCGGGUGGUCCCGUACUGCGAGUCGGCCGAAGAUGAUGACGGUCGGUUGUGGAUUGAUCACGACACGGAUACACCGCCGGUGCGGAAACGACUCAACCCUAACGAGCAAGUGGGCGAUGCCGGACUUCCCCGAACCUCUCGAUAG